UCCAUUCGGAGUAUCCAACGUUGGUGUUUGUUUCUUCUCAUCACUUCCCAUCGAAGAUGGAGGAAAGGAACCAAUCGCGUUACGUGAAGCUAAGUAAGGAUCAAGCACCUUUGGAAGAUAUCAAGCCUGGUGAAUUGAAUCAGCCAAUUGAGGUUCCUCAGUUGGCUGUUCGCAAGUGCAUCGAGUGUGGACAGCCAUUACCUGAAAGCUAUUCACCUCCUGCUGAUGAACCUUGGAUGACUGGGAUCUUUGGAUGUGCUGAAGAUAGGGAAAAUUGCUUGACAGGACUGUUUUGCCCUUGUGUAUUAUUUGGGCGCAACGUGGAAAGCUUGCAUGAAGAAACUCCUUGGACAGGACCUUGCAUUUGUCAUGCCAUUUUUGUAGAGGGUGGCUUUGCUUUGGCAGCUGCAACUGUAAUCUUCAAUGGUUUCAUUGACCCAGGGACAUCAUUUAUCAUUUUUGAGGGUUUAUUUUUCACUUGGUGGAUGUGUGGCAUUUAUACCGGUCAGGUUCGGCAAUCCUUACAGAAAAAGUAUCACUUAAAGAACUCACCUUGUGAUCCAUGUUGUGUACAUUGCUGCAUGCAUUGGUGUGCCUUGUGUCAAGAGCACAGGGAGAUGAAGGGAAGACUAUCUGACAAUGCUUUCCCAGAGAUGACUGUUGUAAAUGCUCCUCCGGUUCAAGAAAUGAAGUCUACUGAUGAGAAAGAAAAUCCUGAAACCUCUUCUGCUAAUGAGCAUAGUGGUUUGGAAUUGCAGGUUCUAUAGGCUAUUUCCAUUGUUAAUAAAGGAAAGAAUGACAUGUAAUUUGGAAUUUUGUUUCUUAGAGAAUAACUUUAUUCGACCUUUUGGGUUGACUUCCCUGUGUUACGUUGGACAUGUAGAUCACACAUAGACAUCACUCUAUUGCUUUCAAGUGCCAACUAAAUUCAAUUCAUUUUUUUCA